GUCAAUGAGAUCCCAGGGGAGGCAGAUUCGGAGAUCCAGAUUUCGUGACUUUGCUGUAGGAGUCUAUGGUCUAUCUUAACCGCUUUUAACUUUAGUAUGAAGAUCAACAACACUUUUGUUAACGACCCGGCUACCAGUGAUUCUGUGUUUGUUCAACUUCAAAGGACUUUUCGGUAACCUUAUGACAAAAGUUGCGUUUCUCACUAUCGUUAACCGGUGGAGAAUUUCUAUUAAGAAUUGUUGUAACCUAGACGUGGGACACCGGAGAAAUAUUUCUAUUUUAGAGGGAGGCAAGAAGCGAACACGUUUAGAUAGCAAGCGACUUUACUGAGCGAGACAUGUGGAUUUGUCGGUUACAAAAAUUACACGUGAUUUUGAACUGUCAGGUAGGCUUAAUGCAACUGUUCAAAUUAGUUGGUUAAAUGUUUAAAUAUUCUGUAAAGCUACAUUAUGAACUUUUGGUGACAUUUGCUUGGCAAAAAUGUGCUGCAACGCACCCAUAGAAGAAACGCUUGUCAAUUUUUUUCCAACUGGGAUCAAGUCAUGUCAACAUUUAGGAUACAACCCAAUCUAGUUCAACAGCACUUUGAAUUCUCUGGAUACGUUGUGAUGAUAAUAUAGUGUAGCCUCUUCACGGUACUGAGCGCACGAAGCAGGAAAAUUGCGACGGUGCUUUGACAACUUGUUGCAUCUGGAGUCAUUCGUGAGAUUUCGCCUAUUGCUCUUGAAAUGCGACAUGGAAUAUUCGCCUAUUGACUGUAAUGUUGCAGUGAUUCAUGUUUUUCAAAGAGUCGUGUUCACCAAUUGAAGUUGUUGCAGAAGUUUUUGGCGGAUUAUCCUAAACGUCAUCAGUUGAAGAUGUAGCAGAAGCAGCCGUGUUGGAACCGACUGGACUAAACAGUUUACUAUAACCUACACGUUGCAAAUGGACCGGCCUAGCCUACUGUUGUAUUUCAAGUAGGCAAACCCCUAAGCCCUUGAGCGAGUGCAAAAUCAAUGUCCACGUCAAGCUACGCAAUUUCAUGUGUUCACGUCUCGUUGCAUGCACUGUUUAGCAACUUAUAAUAGUGACACCGGUUAACGUAAUGUAACUUAUGGUAUGAUGUGUUUAUUUUAACUAUAUUGACAGCGUUAUUUUGGUACAUUUCGCAUAUUUUGUAGGCUAUACGUUAAAUGUAGCCAAGGCUACUGUUGGCAAAUAUGACAGCCGUCAUGUUUAAAACAGCCUACAUGGAAAAGACUUUCAAAGCAGGAUAGGAAAUCACCAGGAAUUUACAGAGGAUUCACCCAUGAGACAUUAUGGCAUUCAGUGAGCCUUGAUUUUUGUUAUCAGAUCAAUUACUGAAUUAUUGGGUUCCUAAUUGCCAAGCUUUGAAGUCCACAAUGUACGGCCGGGGCCCGCCGCUACCGCCAAGGAAAUGACCCUUCCCCAGCGGCGACUGGCCGGUGUCUGGCCGUGGCUGCUUAUGGCGGCCCUGCAGGUGGUGUUCGGCCAGACUGGCCUGGAGCUGGCUGCGGCUGUGGAGUCUGAACGGUCGGCCCCUAGAGCUGUCAUCAAGGUGACACUGCUCAAGCAUGAGCACACCGGGACGCCCAUUACCCUGGAGGGGCUGUUUGUUGGAGGAAGUGCCGGUUAUGCGGAGGGGAAACUGAUGCAGUCGCACCCUCUGUCCCUGUGCAACGCCAGCGAGGACGAGCGCCAGGAGAGCGACUUCAUCACCAUCGUCAAGCUGGAGCACAAGGUUCCCCGGUGUCAGUCUCUGAUCAGCAAGGCUCACCUGGCGCUGGAGAGAGGGGCUCAGGCCAUCAUCUUCGACGUCUCGGACGACGCCAACGCUGCUCUCGAGUUGCAUUCACAGUCAUAUGAAGACUACCUUCCCCACCCGGUGGUGCUGGUCGAGGCUGAGAAUGCAGAGAAGCUGAUGGGUCUGGUCAACAAGAACGAGGAGGCCAGGGUCCAGAUUGAUAUCAUAAGGGAGGUCCCCAAAUGGCCCCAUUACGAUGUUGGGAUCCUCCUCACUAUUGUUCUGGCCAUCCUGACCAUCGUCCUGAUCUUUGCCUUUCGCUACAAAUGCAAGUCCAACCGAACCUGGGACUCAGUCCACCAGCAGACCAUGCGGGCCAUCGGUCGCCUGGAGACCCGGACGUACAGCUCGGGCUGCUCGGGCUCCCAGCGCCACCGCGGGGGCUGGGGCUCCGCCAGCUCCAACUCCAGCCCCGUGUGCGCCAUCUGUCUGGAGGAGUUCCUGGACGGACAGGACCUGAGGAUCAUCUCCUGUCGUCACGAGUUCCAUAAGGAGUGUGUGGACCCCUGGCUGCUGCAGCAUCGCACCUGCCCCCUCUGCAUGCACAACAUCAUGGGCACAGAUCUAGCGUCACGCCAGUCCCAGAGGAGCCGAAUCCAGCAGACCCCAGAGCACAGCCAAAACUUCCUGCACCCCCACUCCUACGGAGGUCCCCACAGCCACGCCUACUCCCCGCACGCCAUCCCCUUCUCCAUGAGGCCCCACUACCCCCGCGGCCCCUCGGGGCCCUACCCCUCCCUGGGACACUACACCGGCUCCCCGCCUUCGGAACACCAGACCCUGCGCUUCCUCCCCAGCCGCCCGCUGGGUUCCGGCUGCGGUUACCACCUCCCUGCGGAGGUCCCUGGGAGACCCCACAGGGUGGGGGGCGGCUGCAGGCCGGGGGGGCACUACGUGGCGCGCCGCCCUUGCCACGGCUACCGCUCGGCCUGCCCCGCUCAGCGCAGCGCCUCCAGCUCCCGGCUGCAUCAGCCGCCCUCCUCCGCCCCCCAGGCCCGCGCCGCGGGGGCCCCGCACAACAGGCAGGACGAGGGCAGCUGCUCGGGGGGGAGCUACCACACGGAGCGUAGCGGCUAUCUGGCCGACGGGCCAGCCAGUGACUCCAGCUCCGGGCCCUGCCACGGCUCCUCCAGCGACUCGGUGCUCAACUGUACCGACGUUUCCCUGCAGGGCGUCUACGGCAGCUGGUCCACCUUCCGCAGCUCUCUGAGCAGUGACUAUGACCCGUUUGUGUACUACGGGCCCGGGCCCGGUCCUGUCAGAACGCCACGCAGGAACAGUCUGGAGGCCGGGGCCCGGCCGAGGUCUCUGGACUCGGUGGUGAACAGAGGGGGCUGCCCUGAGGAGCAGCAGCAGCAGACAGUGUUCAGCCACGUCCACUACCACCGCCACAGACACCACCACUACGAGGAAGGGGAGCACGGCCAGGGCCCAGGCAGGGGCUCUGAUGAGGAGCAGGGGGCUACGGCUGCAUGCCCCGCCCCAGCUCCGGACAAGGACUCCCCCCUGUGCCCCCUCAAGCACAGCCCCUGCCACUGCCCCAUAGUAGACCCCAUUGACAGACCCAUCCCUGUGACAGAGGACCAGGACCAUGAGCCCAGCCCCCCCUCAGGCCCUCCUGUUCUGUUGCCCCCUGGCCCCUUACAGCCCCCUCCACCCCCCUGCUGCCACCAGGCCCACGGACCCCCCAACAGGAGGAGCGGCCGGCUGGGAGGCUGCGUGAUGGACGGACCCUCUGUGCGUUUCCAUCAGAGCCUGGACCUGCAGGACGACUGCAGCAUCCACAUCCACUACGGCCAGGGACCAGGUUACUGCUGCCCCCCGCCGCCCGAGAUGCCCCCCGCCCUGCUGCCUGUGCCUCUCAUCCUGGACUCGGGGGCCAUAGAGGACUGGCCCUGCUGCGGCGGGGCCCACGUGGUGUGGCAGAAGCGGGUGCAGCCGGCCCACUCGGAGCCCCAGCUGCCGGGGCCCGGAGCCCACAUGGACAGGCCCCGCUGCCGGCUCCACCACAGCCCCACCACGGAGCGCAGCAUGGACGUUUGUUUAUACUGCCAAACGUUACACCAUCAGGGAUCAGAGGAGGAGUCUGGCGUGUGACGCCUUGCUGCAUCCCCAACGUCACGCUGCUACAAAGGAGCCGGAAUGGACAAACAUAUCGUCGCCUCGUCAGCCAGUUUUCUCAAGUCUUCCAAAUAAUUCCACAUCGCACCUGCUUUUAGACUACAGUUCCCAGCCUCUCCAAGUCCUCAGAGCUCAGCUGUCUUGCUAACAGUGAUCAAAACGAGGAGAUUGUGUAUUGACUGAUUCGAAAGUUAGUUUCCACCAUCAAAUAAAUCGAGAUAAGCACAAAUAUGGACUUCAAAGUCUGUGUUGGAAGUACAUUAUGUCAAUAUGUGGUUCAGAGGUUGGAGGUUAGUCUUCACAACGUGGCUUCACGCCGAGGCAGAGACAGGGAGGUUUCCUCUCGAAGCAACAUUCACAUGACAAAGGGGAAAUGUGUUUUGUUGUAUAUCAUUCAAAAUCACAGGAAGAAUUCAAUACCGACAUGAAGUCCCCCAUGUUCCUUGGUGACCACUAAAAUGAUCCCAGUUUAGACUGUUAAUCCUCACUGACAUCAUGCUGUUCCAGUCACGCUCCGACGCAGGAAUAAGUGGUCCGCUGAUUAGGUUAUUGAUUUGCUGAAUCCUUGAUUGAUAGAUAACCUGAUUAACUUGAGGUACUGGUAAUUCUUACUGUCCUGCCCCCCUAGUUUGUCGUCAACAAUAAGGUGAUAAUCAUUGGAAACGUUGUUGGCUUGCCAGUCUACCUCAUGUUUGUUUAGUUCCACUGUUAAGGGGUUGAUAAAGGUACUGUUGGAGCUGCUGAAGUUGUCCUUUACCACGGAGCUGCGUUGUCGUAGAGACGGGAGGCUUCUGUUGGGCAAACAGAGAAGGUUUCUGUCUCAGUAAUCCCAGACAGUGAACAUGAAGAUAGGUCACUGAGGCUAGCAUGGGGCUGGUGUUGGUUAAUUCAAUAAUGGCAGCUGUUUAUCACAAUUAGUUUGUGUUUCGGUUCAUUUUUUUAUUUUAUUUUUUGUCUGUAAUUUUGCUCAUCAUUGUUAAAACAACCAGAUUGACUGAAAUGUGUUCACUCACGACAAGCUAUGUUUUGUUUGUUUCGUUUUUUAUCUUGCCAUUUCUCGUAUUGUCAGUGGUUACCUGUUAAUAAUGUUUCAUCUGAGUGUGGGGG